AUGAAUUUAUUGGUUUCGUCAUUUGUUGGUGUUGUUGGUGUUUCGAUUUUGCUUGUGCAAUCGUUAAUUGUCAUUCUUCGUCGUUCUUCGGCGUUUCCUUGGUCAUUUACUUUUCAUCUUUCUUCGGCAUUUCUUCGUCGUUCGCUUGUUAUUCUUUGGCAUUUCUUCGGUGGGUUUCUUUGUCUUUCUUCGGCAUUUCUUCGAUGGGCGUUUACUGGAGUUCUUUUGUCAUUUCUUCAGUGGGAGUAUCAUUUGUUGGUACUUCGGCGUUUCUUGGAGCUUUCAGUUUGUAUAGCAAUUGGUGAAAAUAAUAUAUUAUUUGUAUUAUUAACAGUUGCAAAAUCUGUAAUAUUAGAUUUAAUUGAAUCUGUAUUAAUAAUAGUUUCAGGUUGUAUAGCAAUUGAUUCAGUUUGUAUAGCAAUUGGUGAAAAUGAUAUAUUAUUU